AUGAAAAACCUUUCGGUCGUUGCCCAGUCAAAGGCUGCAACAAAACAUGCUAUGCUCCAGCUUGGUGCGAUACAUGCGAUCGAAAAGCACUUGUUAAAAAAUGGUCCGACCUGGAAUGAUGGAGUUAGGAUCGUAAAAAAAGAAAAAGGAACUUGGAAAAAAGCACGUAGUGGCCCAUGUACCAUUUUAUUAAAGGAGAUAAAGGAAUCAGAAAAUAUUGAUCAAGAUUACAUUAAAGAAUUAAAGGCCUAUAUCACGUUUCACCGCGGAAAUAUUCUUUUAAAAUAUACCAGUGAUAUCUGCAUCACAGAUCUUGGCUUGUCUAGACCUGCAAAUUCUAAAGAAGCAUCUCAAAAACAAGUAAAUCCUUCAUACUCAGCACCAGAGAUAUUGCUUAAUAAAAGUCCCAAAUCAAAAGCAUCUGAUAUUUUUGCAAUUGGUAUUCUCAUGGUAGAAUUUGCCUCAAAUAAACGUGCGUUUGAAAAUUACAAUAAUAGCAAUGACAUUACGAUAGAAAUCACCAAAGACGACUUUGAACGACCCGAAUUACCUCCCAAUACUCCAAAUUGCUAUGUUGAGUUAAUAGAGAAAUGUCUAGAUAAGGAUCCAAACCAACGUCCAUCCGCUGAAGAAUUAGUGAAAUCCAUAUCAGGUUGGCUCAAAUAUGAUUGGAAAUCAAAAUCCAACUCAUUUAACAUUGCUGAUAAGCAAUGGAAAUGCAAUGAAUCUAAAGAAUAA